UAGAACCCAUAAAUUCUCCAGAAACCCUAAUUCCGCAUUUUAUCUUUUUCAUCCUUCAACUCUCCGUGCAGCGGCACUCUUCACCUUCAUAUCUGGGUGCACCAAGUGGUGAAAAAUGCAGAUCUUUGUGAAGACCCUAACGGGCAAGACUAUUACCUUAGAGGUAGAGUCAUCGGACACCAUUGACAAUGUUAAGGCUAAGAUCCAGGACAAGGAAGGCAUUCCACCAGACCAGCAGAGGUUGAUUUUCGCAGGUAAGCAGCUCGAGGAUGGACGAACACUAGCUGACUACAACAUUCAGAAGGAAUCCACCCUCCACCUUGUCCUUCGUCUCCGUGGUGGUGCCAAGAAGCGUAAGAAGAAGACUUACACCAAGCCUAAGAAGAUCAAGCACAAGAAGAAGAAGGUUAAGCUCGCUGUCCUCCAGUUUUACAAGGUUGAUGAUACUGGUAAGGUUCAGAGGCUCCGUAAGGAGUGCCCCAACGCUGAGUGUGGUGCCGGGACCUUCAUGGCUAACCAUUUUGAUAGGCACUAUUGUGGAAAAUGUGGCCUUACCUAUGUUUACCAGAAAGCUGGUGGUGAUUAGCUGAGUGUUACUUUGCCUAUUUCUUUAUCUUUGUUGCUUUUUCGCCAACAGUCUAGUUUUUUCCCCACAUUCAUCCUCUACUCUCUGUUAAUGUGUCUUGUUUGUGACAAGAUGUAAUGAAUUUGAAUUAUGGAUCAUGUUUGUAGCUUAAGAAGUUAUUUAUUUUGUCAGUUAA